AUCUCUUCCAUAAACAACAACAACAAGAACAAUUUCCUAUCAUUCAUUUCCACAUCUCAAAAAGUAUAUUACUUGUAUCAAAAAAAUAUAAACCAAUUUGAACUUGUUAAAAAUAUUGACUUUUUAGAUACAAGUGAUAAACAAAAAGGAAAAAUGGAUCAAAUGAGUACUGAUCAAAGUUUGCAACAAAUCGGUGUCAAGAGACCAAGAACCAAGAUUGUUUGCACACUUGGACCGGCUUCAAGAUCUGUUCCAAUGGUGGAGAAGCUUUUGAAAGCUGGAAUGAACGUUGCAAGGUUUAACUUUUCACAUGGGUCAUAUGAGUAUCAUCAAGAAACACUUGAUAAUUUGAGGACUGCUAUGGAUAAUACGGGUAUUCUUUGUGCCGUUAUGCUUGAUACCAAAGGUCCAGAGAUCAGAACUGGUUUUCUGAAAGACAGCAAGCCCAUCCAACUGAAGCAGGGUCAAGAAAUCACCAUCUCUACAGAUUAUGAGAUUAAAGGUGACAUCGAGACGAUUUGCAUGAGCUACAAAAAAUUAGCCUAUGAUGUGAAACCAGGGAGUGUGAUAUUGUGCGCAGAUGGUACCAUUUCAUUUAGUGUUCUUUCUUGCGACACUGAAAAGGGGUUGGUUCGUUGUCGCUGUGAGAAUACUGCAGUUCUUGGUGAGAGAAAGAAUGUCAAUCUUCCGGGAGUGAUUGUUGACUUGCCAACUUUGACUGAGAAAGACAAAGAAGAUAUACUCACAUGGGGUGUUCCUAACAAGAUUGAUAUGAUUGCUUUGUCUUUUGUUCGCAAAGGUUCUGAUUUGAUUGAGGUUCGAAAGUUGUUGGGUGAGCACGCAAAGAACAUCCUUCUUAUGUCCAAGGUUGAGAAUCAAGAAGGGGUUGCUAACUUUGAUGAAAUCCUAGCCAACUCCGACGCCUUUAUGGUGGCGCGUGGUGACUUGGGAAUGGAAAUACCAAUCGAAAAGAUAUUCUUAGCCCAAAAGGUCAUGAUCUACAAGUGCAACAUCCAAGGUAAGCCGGUGGUAACCGCAACUCAGAUGUUGGAGUCAAUGAUCAAAUCUCCAAGGCCAACUCGAGCGGAAGCAACAGACGUUGCCAACGCGGUUCUAGAUGGCACAGAUUGUGUCAUGCUUAGUGGUGAGACCGCAGCUGGAGCCUACCCAGAACUAGCAGUCCUAACCAUGGCCAGGAUUUGCAUUGAAGCAGAAAACACAAUCAAUUAUUCAGAUGUUUUCAAAAGAAUAGCAGCAAAUGCACCCAUACCCAUGAGCCCACUCGAAAGUUUAGCCUCUGCUGCAGUUAGAACUGCAAACUCAUCCCGAGCCACCAUCAUUGUGGUCCUAACUAGAGGAGGAAGCACUGCCAAAUUGGUGGCUAAGUACAGACCUGGCAUGCCCAUACUCUCGGUUGUGGUUCCUGAAAUCCAGACCGAUUCUUUUGAUUGGUCUUGCAGUGAUGAAACCCCAGCAAGGCAUAGUUUAAUCUUUAGAGGUUUGGUUCCGGUUUUAUCUGCCGGGUCUGCUAGGGCUUCUCAUGCCGAGUCAACCGAAGAAGUGUUGGGGUUUGCCUUGCAACAUGCCAAAGUUAAGGGACUCUGCAAAGAGGGUGAUGCAGUUGUGGUUCUACACCGGGUUGGAGCUGCAUCUAUUAUCAAGAUUGUGAAUGUCAAGUAAUCAUUUCUUUGAGCACAAAGGCGAGACAUCCCUGUGGGUCUUUACAAUUGGUUCCAUGUAUUUUUUUGCCCGUUUUGUCGGCAUGUAUGAUUUCAGUAAACUAUUUUCAAUGGUUCCACCACUGAUAAACUGAAUUUCCGUGUAUUCUGUUAUAAACUACAGUAUUUUGUUAUAUAAAACUAGAGUUGGCAAGAUUAUGCCGACUGUUUGGUUCCA